AUGUCUUCUCCAGUUAUGAAAUCCUCCAGAAAAAAUUUAAUUUUUUUUUGGAACGUUUUUGGAAACGUGUCGAAAGAGGGAGUUAAAAGAAUUGCUGGAAAAUCCGGAUGUUGUUAUAAAAAAAGGACUCCUCCGCCUCCCCAUCUCCACUUAACAAAAAGUUUUGAUUAUUUAAAAUUUUUCAAUGAUUCCAGCAUGUCUGCCGAAGCCAAAUAA